AUGAACUGGCUCAAGUCGACCCUGUCCGCGGCCGUGGGCACGCAAGAACCCAUCUAUGGCCCCGAAGCCAUUCAGUCCGUCGCCCAGCAGGCCAGCGAGACUCCCUACACUGUUCUGACCAAGGACGCCUUGAAAUGGAAGGCGUACCAGUACACCAAUGUCGAGACUGCGACCUUCUACAUCAUGGCCGACAGUGGCGAUUUGGUUAUGGUCCAGGUUAUCUACAGCAACAUUGCUGGUAUCCAUACCACUGCGCACUUCAAUACAAAGAUCUUCAAUCUCAAGGGCGAUGGCCCUCACGUUUGGAACACCAACCCCCUGUCUAACUUCAUGUUCGAUGAGGGCAUGCACUCCUUCGGCGCCGAUAACUUGACCAUCACUCUCAACGAGGAAGGUGACACAUACCACAUCAAGUCUACCGUCAACCCCAACAGCAUCGUGGACCUCAAGUUCACUCGCAAGGCUCCCGGCUUCGUCGUCGGAAAGAACGGUACCACCUACUUUGGUACCGACCCCAAGAAUCCCUGGGGAUCCAUGUUCCACGGCUUCUGGCCCCGCUGCGCCGUAGAGGGUUCUAUUGUCACCAAGGAGAAGACCUACAAACUGGACGGCCGCGGAGUCUGCUCGUUGGAACUUCAUCAACUUCCAGACCCCCACCUUCUCCGCCAUCAUGAUGGAGUUCACCACUCCCCCUCCUACGGUUCCACCAAGGUCAACGUUGGUGGUAUUCUGAGGGACGGCGAGAUCAUCUAUGCCGGUUCUGAGAACACCUGCACCCACACUGCCUCGGAGCAGGAUAUCGAGAGUCAGUGGCCCGAGCCCACGUCCAUCAAGUGGACCUGGACCGGCAAGACCGCCGACGGCCAGGAUGUCACCGCCGAGGUCGAUGGUCCUCUCGGCAAGCGCCUUGAUCGUGUCGACGUGAUGGGCGAGGUCCCUGGCUUCAUUAAGACCAUUGCUGGCAGUGUUGCCGGUACUAGGCCCUAUAUCUUCCAGUUCUCUCCCCAGGAGAAGCUGAAGCUGAAGGUCAAGAUUGGUGAGACUGAGACUAUUGAGGAGGGCACCAUGUUCUCUGAGUCAACUUUCAUCUCGUAG